GAGGAGGCCUCGCUCCGGGCUUUGGAGAGUCUGAUGACAGAGUUCUUCCACAAUUGCACCACAAAUGAGAGGAAACGAGAGAUAGAGGAGCUUUUAAAUAACUUUGCCCAGCAGAUUGGAGCCUGGAGAUACUGCCUUUAUUUCCUGUCAAGCACAAGGAACGACUAUGUCAUGAUGUACAGUCUGACUGUGUUUGAGAACCUGAUCAAUAAGAUGUGGCUGGGGGUCCCAUCUCAAGACAAAAUGGAGAUCAGGAGCUGCCUGCCCAAACUCCUCCUAGCUCAGCAUAAAACUCUGCCUUACUUCAUCAGGAACAAGCUCUGCAAAGUCAUCGUGGACAUCGGCCGACAAGACUGGCCCAUGUUCUACCAUGACUUUUUCACUAACAUCUUGCAGUUAAUUCAGUCUCCUGUGACCACUCCCCUGGGACUGAUCAUGUUGAAAACGACUUCAGAAGAGCUGGCGUGUCCGCGGGAGGAUCUCAGCGUGGCCCGCAAGGAAGAGCUCCGUAAGCUGCUCCUAGACCAGGUGCAAACAGUGCUUGGGCUCCUCACAGGUAUUUUGGAGAGCAUCUGGGACAAGCACAGUGUUACUGCUGCCACUCCACCACCAUCCCCAACUUCAGGAGAAAGUGGUGACCUCUUAAGUAGCCUGUUACAGAGUCCCAGCGCGGCCAAAUUAUUGAACCAGCCAAUCCCCCUCCUGGAUACUGAAAGCGAAUACGUCUGUUCCUUGGCACUGGAGUGCCUGGCACACCUCUUCAGCUGGAUCCCUCUGUCUGCCAGCAUCACCCCCUCCCUCCUCACCACCAUCUUCCACUUUGCCCGUUUCGGCUGCGACACCCGCGCUCGGAAGAUGUCUUCGGUCAACGGCAGCAGCCAGAACUCACUGCUGGGGCAGGAACGUGGCAGGCUUGGUGUCCUGGCCAUGGCCUGCAUCAACGAACUGAUGUCUAAGAACUGUGUGCCUAUGGAAUUCGAGGAGUAUUUGCUAAGGAUGUUCCAGCAGACUUUCUACCUCCUGCAGAAGAUUACCAAGGAGAACAACGCCCACACGGUGAAGAGCCGGCUGGAGGAACUGGAUGAGAGCUACAUUGAGAAGUUCACGGAUUUUCUCCGGCUCUUUGUGAGCGUCCACCUCCGAAGGAUUGAAUCCUACUCCCAGUUCCCCGUGGUUGAAUUUCUGGCACUGUUGUUCAAAUACACUUUUCAUCAGCCUACCCAUGAAGGUUACUUCUCUUGCUUGUCGCUCUUCUUGGACUACCUGACGAGCAAGAUCAAAAGCCGUCUGGCAGACAAAGAAGCAGUGCUCAACAGGUACGAAGACGCCUUGGUGCUGUUGCUGACAGAGGUGUUGAAUCGAAUCCAGUUCAGGUAUAACCAGGCACAACUGGAGGAGCUGGACGACGAGACCCUGGAUGAUGAUCAGCAGACCGAGUGGCAGCGGUACUUGCGCCAGAGCUUGGAGGUGGUUGCAAAAGUCAUGGAGCUCUUGCCAACUCAUGCCUUCUCCACGCUGUUUCCAGUUCUGCAGGAUAACUUGGAAGUGUAUCUGGGACUCCAGCAGUUUGUGGUCACUUCAGGGACAGGUCACAGGCUGAACAUCACUGCUGAGAACGACUGCCGGCGCCUGCACUGCUCCCUGAGGGACCUGAGCUCCCUCCUGCAGGCCGUGGGUCGCCUGGCAGAGUACUUCACUGGGGAUGUCUUUGCUGCCAGGUUCAACGACGCCCUCACCGUGGUGGAGAGGCUGGUCAAAGUGACUCUGUAUGGAUCCCAGAUCAAACUGUACAACAUUGAGACUGCAGUGCCAUCUGUCCUGAAACCUGACCUGAUUGAUGUCCAUGCCCAGUCCCUGGCAGCUCUCCAGGCCUACUCCCACUGGCUCGCCCAGUUCUACAGCGAGGUUCACCGCCAGAACCCGGAGCAGUUCAUCUCCCUCGUCUCCACAGCUCUGGAGGCUAUCACACCCCUCAUCAGCUCCAAGGUGCAGGAGAAGCUGCUGCUGUCUGCAUGUCACCUGCUGGUCUCCUUGGCCACCACGGUGCGCCCCGUGUUCCUCAUCAGCAUCCCAGCAGUGCAGAAGGUCUUCAACAGGAUCACUGACACCUCUGCCCAGCGCCUCCCCGACAAGGCCCAGGUGCUGGUGUGCAGAGCCUUGUCCAACGUGUUGUUGCUGCCUUGGCCAAACCUUCCAGAGAGUGAGCAGCAGUGGGCAGUUCGUUCCACCAACCAUGCCAGCCUCAUCUCUGCCCUCACCAGGGAGUACCGCCAGCUAAAAUCCAGCCCCAGCCUGCCCCACAGGAAGGUGCAGCUGGAGGACACCAAAGUGAUCAUCCAUCAGACUCUGAGCGUUUUGGAAGAUAUUGUAGAAAGCAUCUCUGGAGAAUCCACCAAGUCUCGGCAGAUCUGUUAUCAGUCGCUGCAAGAAUCCGUGCAGGUCUCACUAGCCCUCUUCCCAGCUUUCAUUCAUCAGUCAGAUGUGACAGAUGAGAUGCUGAGCUUCUUCCUCACUCUGUUCCAAGGCCUGAGGGUGCAGAUGGGAGUGCCUUUCACUGAGCAGAUCAUACAGACCUUCCUAAACAUGUUCACCAGGGAACAGCUGGCUGAGAGCAUCCUCCACGAGGGCAGCACGGGCUGUCGAGUGGUGGAGAAGUUUCUGAAGAUACUUCAGGUGGUGGUACAAGAGCCAGGCCAAGUCUUCAAGCCUUUUCUGCCCAGUGUCAUCUCCCUGUGCAUGGAGCAGGUCUACCCCAUCAUUGCUGAGCGCUCGUCUCCUGAUGUGAAGGCAGAGUUGUUUGAGCUGCUUUUUCGGGUCCUCCACCAUAACUGGAGGUACUUCUUCAAGUCCAGUGUGCUGGCCAGUGUCCAAAGAGGAGUAGCAGAAGAGCAGAUGGAGAAUGAAGCACAGUUCAGUGCCAUUAUGCAGGCUUUUGGCCAGUCCUUCCUGCAGCCUGACAUUCACCUGUUCAAGCAGAAUCUCUUCUACUUGGAGACACUGAACACCAAGCAGAAGCUCUACCAUAAGAAGAUCUUCAGGACCACCAUGCUCUUCCAGUUUGUCAACGUGCUGCUUCAGGUGCUGGUCCACAAGUCGCACGACCUGUUGCAGGAGGAGAUUGGCAUUGCCACCUACAACAUGGCCUCAGUGGACUUUGAUGGCUUCUACUCAGCCUUCCUCCCUGAGUUCCUGGCCAGUUGUGAUGGUGUGGACUCCAACCAGAAGAACGUGCUGGGGAGGAACUUCAAAAUGGACAGGGAUCUGCCCUCGUUCACCCAGAACGUGCACAGGCUGGUGAACGACCUGCGUUACUACAGGCUCUGCAACGACAGCUUGCCCCCUGGGACUGUGAAACUAUAGCUCCCUGCACUGGACUGGGGCACUGAACCCCCCCAGGGGACAGAUCCAGGCUGGCUUUGGCCACCACCUUCUCUCCUCCCUG